AUGAGGGGGAAAGGGGUGCAAAAAGGCCUGGUUCUCCGCGCUGCGGCCGCCCACAACAGCAACAGAGCGGCAGCUGCAGAAGGAAGCAAACUUUUGUGUCUCUUCUUCAAUUUGAAGAGCCAACUCCCUGCAAGCAGCAGCAGCAGCAGCAGCAGCAGCAGCUCAGCAGCAGCAGCAGCAAUUCAGCAGCAGCAGCUCAGCAGCAGCAGCUCAGCAGCAGCAGCGGGGGCUCAGCAGCAGCAGCAGGCGCUCAGCAGCAGCAGCAGCGGCUCAGCAGCAGCAGCAGCGGCUCAGCAGCAGCGGCUCAGCAGCAGCACUUCGGGGGCUGCAUCAACAGCCAUAAACGCCCAGCAGCAGCAGCAGCAGCAGCAGCAGCAGCAGCAGCAAGCCUAG